AUGGCGGACAGCAACAACAUGGAAGACCGCUUGAGGUCGCUGGCCUUCGACAUGCGUGAGGCCAAGGAUGCUCUUCAUGGCAAGACUGUCCCUAAGUCUCUGGGACGCAAAGUCACGCGCCUUUGCGUGAUCCGGGGCAUUCGAUACCACGAGCAAUUCGCCAAGCAUCCGGAUCUAGAACGGAUAAGGCAAUACGUGCCAGAAAUUUCCCGUGCCAUAAAUGCUCGCGCGAUUAUGAGCAACAAGAUUCCCUCUAUGCCUGAAACGCAAGAGAGACCUUACUGCAUCUGGCACCCUGAGGUGGCAUCUCAAGAUACGUACAGAAAGCUGUGGCACCAGUAUCCUGACAUGGCCUAUCAAGUUGCUCGUGCGUGUGCUGUAGCCAAUUAUGUUGAAUUAUAUCUCGAGAUGGAUCUAUUGCCUGAUGUCUCUAUUGCCGAGGAAGCUCGCGCUAGUGAAUCCAUCGAGAUCUUUGAAGCUAUCAUGCGAAAGCCUGUGAGAUAUGGCAUCAUGAAUGACUACACUAGAGAAGUCACACUACAGAAUUUGCAGCCCGCAUAUCUGAACAAUGAUACUGCCCUCGUGUCCACCCUCAAUAUCAAGCAAGGCAUCACAAGACCCUCAGGUCCUGAAGAAGAUUCUCUCUUUCAAGGACCUAAGACAUGGGAAGAAGCCAAAGGCCUCAACCUUGAUUUUGACGAUUUUGACGACUUUAUCCCAGCACCCGGGUUCGAAGAAAAUAUAUUCAACAUUACAGAGGAUAUGAACGUGGAUGAUGUUGAUCCAUUCGGAGACGACGUGACUACAGAAGAGCCAAAGCUAAAUUACUUACCUGAACUGCUCUAUCAGCCUCUGCCUGUUGAUUUACCGCAGGGCAACAAGGACGUUUUGAUUCUAAUGGCAGCCUAUUAUGGCAAUAUCGAAAGAUAUUCCAGGUUACGUCGCCCUCGUGUAAUUUACGGGGAGUUAGGGUGCCUCGUACGUGGAAUCUAUCACAAUACUAUGUUUGCUCUAUGGUGUGCAACUCAGACUAUACCAACUCAGUAUCGCAGCGGGGAUAUAACGAGAGCAAUACAUGCUCGGAUGAUUAUGAACAAUGAUCUAAGUCGUAUCAUAAAUUUGGACACGAUGCAACCUUGGGAGGAUUUCAAAGACAAGCCAUACAUGAUAUGGUAUCCUAAUCCGGCUCAGGAUAAUACGUACAAGACUCUUGCAAAAGCAGUAACUAGCAUGAGACCAGCAAUCUUACACGCAGCGGUCUAUACAAAGAACAAGAGUCUCUUUGACUGGCUGCUCGACGACCUCGGCAUAGUCCCGACACCACCUGCUUUCCACGAAGCCCAUGCUCAAACAUGGGGAAUGGGGGACGGUCACCCUUCAUACUUCGUCAGUCGCCUAAAGACUCGCAGUGAAGAAUUAGGGAUAGAUCUUCAUGCCCAUGAGGCGUUCAGCUGGAAAAUGUACUCAGCCAAACCCCCCAUGAGUGGAAACUGGUUGGCAAAGGAGUUGACGCCAGAUAGCAUUCACAGCGCGAUGGAAGAUUGGGGAAUUUACGAUGGGUACAUAGUAGAUGCUUCUGGAGCGGAAUUGUUUGCAUCAGCACCUGAAUCGUGGCGCCCGGACAAGUGGAAAGUUGAAGUAGACUACGAGGAGUGUCCGAAAAGGGGAAGUAUUCAGGAAGAAGCUUAG